AGGCUCCCUCCCUCGGGAAGGUCCCGCGAGGCCAUGUUGACUUUAAGCGGCUCUGCUACUGGCCCUCAGCUUAGAAUGGGAGGUCUAUCUGUGCAGUACAUCAGCACAGCCACGGUUUGGCCUCCAGUCUGUCAGGGGGGAUGUCGGGAGUUUGACAUGUCUCUGUAUUUUUAUUAAUAUUUUUUCAUUUAAAAAUAAAAUUAAACAAACGCGAACCUACUCACCUCCGAGGACGACAUUUUCGGUACCGUGAUAUUCCCCGCUAACCCACCAUGGACGAGGACGGCGGCGGCGUCUCGCCCGACUUGAAGGAUUUGGAGACGAAGUUGGGUCGCAAAGCUCCUGAAAGUCUCGUGCGGUUCCUGACAGGCGGGAAACACGGCGACAAAUGGGCAGCUCCGCACCUCGCGACCUGCAAGUUCUGCGCAAACUCCGCGGACCUGAAAAGGCUCGAAAGCAAAAUGUCACUGCUGAAGCAGGAAAUGGCAAAUCUGCGAGCCAUUGAUGUGAAGCUGAUGCAGCAGCUGAUGUCAAUCAAUGAGGGCAUCGAGUCCAUCCGUUGGGUCAUAGAAGACAAAGGGAGCAUGGCGAGCCAGGAUGGCAGCCUUACGGGUAGCAUGUACAGCCUCUCGGACAGCCAGGAUGGAACGUCUCUGCGAAGCAGCUUCAACAGCCUGAACGAUGGCAACGGCGACGGACUGGACGGCCUGUCCGUGGGCAGUUACCUGGACACGCUCGCCGACCUACCGGACAACCCCUCACCCACGGGGCUGGACUGCUUCGUGGAUAAAACUGUAGUUGAUGGCGAUGCCUUUGCCAAAUCGCCUCUAAAAGCCAGAAUGGAAUCAGAUGAAUACUACUGCUUUGGUUGAAGGGCCAAUGAAGUGUUACAGACUACUGAAAGUGUGGAAAGACAUCACUUUUUUUACACUAUCGCCAGUUUACCUUUUUUUCCCACAUGCUUGAUUUUUCGUUGAUACGACCUGUUGCCACAAAGCCUUUUUAUACCAUAAUUUGAACAAGAGACCAAAAGCGACGUCCAAAUGUCUUAAUGUGCAGCUUCGUAGAUAAAAACGAUGCUGUGUUUUAUAGAAUUCCUAAUACUAUUUAUUCUUGGGGUGGUCCAAUCCCGUCUUUUUUAAUGUUUCUUGCCUAAAAAAUGUAUGAAGAAAUAUUGAACGAAAACAUAGCCGCCUCAAUUUAGGUAAACAGCUGAAUGUUUUGGGCUAGCUUGAAGGGAAUAAAAAUGUCGAUUAGAAUUUAGAAAUGCUGACUAAUUCAGGUGCUGAAGUAUGAUUGUCACGAUAAGUGCACUUUGCUUCCAUGCCAAAAUCUUAGCGUCACCUACUGUAGCAGUUAAAACUCACAAAAAGUCCUUCCCCGGAAGGCACAGCAGACUCAGACACAUUUGAUGCUUGUUUUGAGGAUCCAAUGCUUGACUGAAAACCAAAGAAAUUUGAUUGUCUUAAAGAUACUGUAAGGCUGAAGCAACACUGUGUUUUGUUGUUUUUUUAUCGCUUGGGAGAUUUUUAGAUAGCAGGGAAAUGUGAAACAUCUUUUUUUGUUUGUUUGUUUGUGGUCAUGUUUACUUGCUCCACAAUGCUGGUCUUUAAAAUGUUAUGGCUUUAAACCUUCUGUAAUGUACUUGCGUGUUUCUUGAAACUACUUUUUGACAGAAAAACUAUGUUUGCAUUGACUGAUUUGUUAACUGCGUGCCGUUGAACUGAAAUAAUAUAUUGAAAAUGUUGUACUCAUUCA